AUGAACGUUGAUAGGAAUAUCUGUGUAAAUACUUUGACGAAGGAAGAAGCGUGGGUCCUCUUCAAGCGUAUUGUUGGUGAUGAAAAGUUAGCGAAUGACUCGAGUCUGGAGAAAAUUGCAAAAGAGGUGACUGAAGAAUGUGGUGGAUUGCCACUCAUCAUUCAAGCCGUGGGAAAUGCUUUAAAAAAUAAAAAAAUUGAUAUAUGGGAGGCGGCACUUGACCGACUAAGAAAGCAUGCCCCUCUAGAGAUUGCUCCAGAGAUAAGGAAAGCAUUUACUCAUUUGAAGCUGAGCUAUGACUUGCUUGACAGCAAAGCUAAAUUAUGCUUCUUACUGUGUAGUUUGUUCAAGGAAGAUGAAAUCCUAGAUACUUUACGUUUAGCAGAAUAUGCGGUGGGUCUGCAGAUAUUUGAUAAUCUGGAUAGCAUUAACGACGCGGAAAAAAGAGUCCGAAUGGCAGUUGACACCCUCACAUCCUCUUCCUUGUUAUUGCCUGAGCCGGGAGACAAAGUAAAAAUGCACGAUGUUGUUCGUGAUGUGGCUUUGUUAAUAACUUCGUCUUCUGAAGGUGAAGAGAAAGAGAAGUUUUUAGUGGAGGCUGGAAAAUGUAUGACAGAAUGGCAACCAAGAAACAGAACCUCAGAAAGCUACACCAAGAUCUCACUCAUGGAUAAUAGAAUUGAAAAGCUUCCACAUCAUCAGCUUCAUUUCCCACUCCUUGAUACUUUCCUUAUACGAAGAAAUUAUUUGUCUGUUAUUCCUGAUGAAUUCUUUAGAGGCAUGAAAGAAGUUAAAGUUUUAGAUUUGUCUUUUAAUAAGAUCACAUCCCUCCCACAAUCACUGAAGCUACUCACAAAACUCAUCACUCUUGAUCUAAGUUUCAAUAUAUAUCUCAAUGAGAUUUCUAUACUCGGGGAGCUAAAAGACCUGGAGAUUCUAAAAGUUAGAGCUACCGGAAUCAAAGUGAUUCCUGAAGAGAUAGGUGAAUUGACAAACUUGAGGUUGUUGGAUGCGGGGGAAUGUGAUGAUUUAUCUCAUGUAGCGCCUGGUGUCAUAUCAAAGCUCACUUGGUUGGAAGAGUUGUAUUUUGGAACCGUUUACAAGAACGCAGUGUCACACCUUGGUCUUGUGGAAAUAAGUAAGUUUGAAACGUUCAGAGCUCUGCACUUAAAAAUGGAUUCAGAUGAUUGUCAUCUUUUUCCUGAAGGCACCUACUUCGAAACGUUGCAAGAAUUCUUUUUUCAAUUUAUCCAAAGGAAUAUUGAUUUGGAAAGAAUCUUUUCUAAAUUUCUUAACCAAAGGAUUAAUAUUGAUAUGGAGCGAUCAAAAUCAUAUUUAAAACGCCGGCUAUACAUUUCAGAUUCUAACUUCCCAUUCAAGAUGCCAAUCAAGAAACUGUUUCAGGUAAGUGAUGGUAUAAAACUAAAUGUGAUAAAAGAUUUGGAUAACAUCAUACCAGACCUUUAUGGAGAGAGUGUCGAUGAAUUAAAGUCUAUUGAAUUAGUUUGUUGUGACAAUGUUUCAUGCUUGGUGAAGACAACGGAUGAGGUUGCAACUCAAAGGAAAACAAAGAAAAAGUUUUUCUCCCAAGUGGAACAAAUCCAUCUAAGUGACCUUGAUAAACUGAAGCUUCUUUUUGAUUGUUCAUUACAAUAUAUAAGCUUGCGUAAUCUACAAGUUAUUAAAAUUUCACGUUGUUCAUACUUGUUGAGCCUAUUCCCUUUAAGUGUAGCACAAGGGCUUUCCAAUCUGAGAAGUAUAUCGAUUUGGUGGUGUGACAGUUUGAUGGUAGUGAUUUCUGGUAGAGAUGAGCGAACAACUGGUGGUGACAUGAUUGAGGAAACAGAGGAUAGUGAAACCGAAGUGGGCAUACAUGAUGAUGCAAAUAUUGAGUUCCCUAGACUUACCCAUAUUGACCUUAUCGAUUUGCCUAGACUAAAGACCUUCUAUUCUGGAGAUUCUACAAUCAAAUAUCCUUCCUUGGAGUUUAUCCAGGUGAAAAAUUGUCCUAGCAUGAAGAGAUGGGGAGACGGAGUCCACGAGAUGCCUGACCACAACUUUUGUGAUGAAUGGAACCUUAAUUUGUUUCAUUAA